AUGCCUACAAAAAAUCAAUUGAUUCGUCAUGGUAGAGAAGAAAAACGGCGCACGGACCGUACUCGAGCUUCGGAUCAAUGUCCCCAGAAGCAAGGAGUAUGCCUGCGUGUUUCGACGAGAACACCGAAAAAACCUAAUUCAGCUCUACGUAAGAUAGCAAAAGUACGGUUGAGCAAUCGACAUGAUAUAUUUGCUCACAUUCCAGACGAAGGUCAUAAUUCGCAGGAACAUUCUAUAGUCUUAGUCAGAGGAGGUAGAGUGAAAGAUUCGCCAGGUGUGAAAUCCCAUCGUAUUCGAGGAGUCAAGGAUUUGCUGGGAAUUCCGGAUCGUAGAAAGGGAAGAUCUAAAUAUGGUGCAGAAAGACCUAAAUCGAAAUGAAUGGAAGAUGCCUCUAGAACUUUUGGGUUCUUUUUUGGGGGCGAUAUGGAAGCAGCUAGCUCCCUUUCCCUUAUUACGUUACCAUUUCUCUCCGCUAUUCUUCGCAAAUUUCAUUGAGAGGAAUCAGCAAAGAAAAGAAAUCUUCUCCGGGUGACAGGGCCGCCCCGGCAGCGUGGCUUCUCUGCCGAGCAGGAAGCCACAAAAAGCAUUGUGCUCUUGUAACUGAUCUUUUAGUAGGCUAAGUUGCCGAAUUCUGAAAUCACUACAGGCACAGUGCAGGAAAUUGUGGUCCUCAAAA